AUGGCGGCUCCAAAGAAUGGAUCCAUAAGCUUAGCAGCCGAACACGAUGAGAAAGCCGGGCAUUCUGACACGAACUUCGGUCAAGAACAGGUGACCUGGAAGCAGGGUUCUUGGACAGCGACAAUGGACGAUGCCAAGGCGGCAAAUGAGCACGAGCACUCCUUGACCGUGAGGCAGGCCAUCAAAUCUUAUCCUGGGGCCAUCUUCUGGUCUCUUGUUGUGUCCAUGUCCAUCAUUAUGGAAGGUUACGAUACCAUCCUCAUUGGCUCUCUGUAUGCCUAUCCAGCCUACGCCGGCCGAUUCGGAGAAAUCAAUGAAGCAACAGACACCUAUCAAAUCGAGGCCAAGUGGCAGAGCGCCAUGGGAAGCGGACCUCAAGCUGGUGCCAUCGUGGGAGCCAUAUUGAAUGGCUUCGUCAUCCAACGUUUCGGUUACCGACCAGCCUUUAUACUUGGCGUCUUGCUGAUGGCGAGCUUUGUCUUUAUUUCUGUGUUUGGCAUGUCCAUCGAACUCCAAGCCGUUGGUCAGAUUUUAUGCGGAAUUCCCUGGGGCAUAUUUGCUACCAUUGGCCCUGCCUAUGCUUCCGAGCUGUGCCCUCUUUCGUUGCGGGCGUAUCUCACGGCUUACACUAAUAUGUGCUUCGCCACAGGCCAACUCAUAGGCGCCGGUGUCCUCAAAAGCUUCAUCAGCCGCCAAGACGACUGGUCCUGGCGCAUUCCUUUUGCUCUGCAAUGGCUCUGGAUACCUAUCCUAGCUGUUGGCUCAUUCUUUAUGCCCGAGUCGCCCUGGUACCUCGUAAGGAGCGGCAAGUUUGCAGCAGCAGAAAAAAGCACACUCCGACUCAUGGCGAAACAUGAACAACCCCAGGCGAAACCUCUAGUUGCUCUGAUGAUUCACACCAACGAGACCGAGCGCAACAUGGCCGAGGGCACUUCCUACCUGGAUUGUUUCAAGGGAGUCGAUCUACGGCGUACGGAGAUUGCCUGCGUCUCCUUUCUCGGUCAGAUUACCUGCGGUGCGCAGUUCGCAUAUUCUGCAACAUACUUCUUUCAACAGGCGGGUCUGGACUCCGAGACGGCUUAUAAUUUAAACGUGGGAGGCACAGGUAUCGCCUUCUGUGGCACAAUUGUAUCGUGGAUUCUAAUGCGACACUUUGGGAGGCGGACCCUGUAUAUGACUGGCAUGUCUGCCAUGAGUCUCUGGCUCCUCAUCAUCGGCUGUUUGGCCAUUGACACCCAUAAUUCCUCAGUCAAGUGGGUUCAGUCUGCGCUGUGCAUCGUCUGGCUCCUAACCUUCUCGCUCACCGUGGGGCCUGUUGGCUGGGCGAUCCCUGCCGAGGUUUCCUCGACCCGUCUGCGCUCAAAGACUGUUGUUCUGGCGAGAACAGCCUAUUACGUUGCUCAGAUCGUAGCCAAUGUUAUCCAGCCAUACAUGAUGAACCCCAGCGCUUGGAAUUGGAAGGGCAAGACCGGCUUUUUCUGGUUCGCCUUUGCGUUCCUCACAGUGGUUUGGGCCUUUUUCCGCCAACCCGAGACCAAGGGGCGAAGCUAUGAAGAACUUGAUAUCAUGUUUGAGGCAAAACUGCCGACACGAAGGUUCAAAGAAUAUCACGUUAACGCGUACGAAGAGGACGGAAAAUAUCGUGUUAGGGAGGUCUAG